AUGGAUGAGGCGAGCAAGCUGGUCUUUGAGCUGCAAAGCAAAUUGACCAAGCUCGAUCACAAGGUCUGGCUCUAUCGCAGAGACAUGGCUUCCGAAUUCACAAAGUAUGCCGAAGGCCUAUUGCGCGACGUGCCUAGGGAUGUCUCCGAAACUGUCUCAAAAGCCCUGGCCAGAUCUAUUAAGGAGUAUAAAUCUCUGAAUCUCGACGCGGCGGGCGCUGUGGAGUCGUGUGCCGCAGGCACCAGUAGCCUCGAGAUUGGGGCUGAGGGCGAAAGGCCGUCACAACCUACAAAGUUGAGCUUGUCCACACGAGAAGAAGUAGUCGACGAGAGUCCCGGAGGUCCACACGACAGGGAAAAGGCUCUUCAAGGUCUAUUUACACCAAGCUAUCUGCCCCUCCUCGACGCUACCCAUCAUCGGAGCGAGCGCAAAUCGAGCAGCGAUUCUCAAAUAUCACUGCAGCUGGAGAAUAAAGAGAAGGAAAUGGCAAUGGACAAUAGGCAGAAUGCUGCAGGCACCGAAAUCCGAUCAUUGACAACCUCCCCCAAAUUACAAAGACCCCCCGCACCGAAACGAAGAAACACGGACGAAGUCUCAAUAACCUCGGAUUGGAGCAGCGAUGGGACUCGGCGAAGUGCUCUUCGGCGUGUCUCCACAUCGUCGAACAAGCAGCUUACAAGCCCACGUCGCGUGCGGUUCGAGGUUGAGGGUGAAGAAGUCCUGCCUACAGCUUCCCCACUUCCCUCCCAGUUGAUCCUCUCUACGGAUAAACGUGAGCGUUCUCAGUCACCAAGCGAUGACUCAGAUGAGGAGGGCGGAUCAGAGCAAAUUGAGGAUGUCGACGAGCCUUCACCGAAGAGAAUCUCGUCAUCGCAGGCACUCAGAGCCCUCUCAAGAAACCCCGUAGCCGACGAUGGUACGCAGUGGACAACCGUUACAGCGCCCCCGGACGGCUCAGCAUCGGUCGCUGUACCUGGUCUAACAUCUCAGGACUCAUCGAGUGAAAAUCUACCGAGGGCCAAUGGCUCGUCAGGUUUGAGGAUGGGUGAUGGCUACGGUCUAGAGGAAUAUUCGAGUCGGGGCGAAGAAUCCAGUCAGCAAACUUCCGAAAGUGCUUCUCAGAGCAGAGCCAAACGCGAGAAUUAUGACUCAGAGACCUCUUCUGAUGGCGAUAUGCUUGAUAUGCCACCAUUAAGGUCGAUGAAGGGGCAGAAGAGCACCCAAUCCCCCACCUAUACGACAAAGCUGGAAAAUAUCCAGUCACCGACAGCCUCUUCAAAAACCUCUGACUUCCCUCGGGCCGACAAAGAAAACUUCGGCAAGUCAACGAAAAAUGGAGGUGGAGCUAUGCGAUUCACCGAAGAGGAUGAUGAACAACUCUUUCACUUUGAUGAAAACACCGAUCACUUGGUGCAUCGUAGUCCACCAAAAGAGCAGGACGAACCAGAAACGUCAUCUCCGACCUUUCCAGUAGACGAAAAGUCUAUCGCCGAGCCUGCCAAUCUCAGCCAGUACUCGCAAUCGCCAGCACGUCCGAUUGUCAAGCCAGGACGGACGCCUACUAGAUCAAACGACGUAUCUGGUACGUUCAAUGGUCAUCCAUUCAGCACCCCGAUCGUAAACCCCGAGAUCCACGCUCAAGCUGCGUCACUUGGCGACGUCAACAGCUUUGUUGGGAGCAUACACGGCCGUAGCGGCGUCGACGAAGGCGACAUGUACAGCUUCAGGCAGAGCGGCGGGAUAGGCAGUUACUCCGGUACUCCGAAGAGCAUGACCGAGAGAUUAUACAUGGAUGAAUUGAAGGAGGCUGAUGAGACGCGGGAGAAGGAGAGGAGCAAAUGA